AUGAAAUGUGCUGCUAGAUUGGCGAAUAUCUUACACACUGUAUUCUAUUCGGUCAAAGAACUUCAACUUACUAGAAAGAAAAGGAAUCCAACCUAUGUUGCUCUUUCAGGCUCAAAACCGGAAUCCCCUCAAGAUGAUGAGUCGCCUGAUUCUUGGUAUCCGAGGAGUCAUCAGGUCGUGAUGGAACCUUUUUAUUAUCUUCUCUCAAAUCCUGGCAAGAAUACUCUCAGUCUACUGAUAGAUGCAUUCAACGAAUGGCUUCAAGUUCCUGAGGACAAGUUGAAGAUCAUCAAAAGCGUCGUUAAUGUUCUUCACAAUGCAUCACUUCUUAUCGAUGAUAUCCAAGACGACUCAACCCUGCGACGAGGAUUUCCAGUUACGGAUCAGGUAUUUGGGACGGCCCAAACGAUCAAUUCGGCAAAUUACGCAUACUUUCUAGCAUUCAGAGAGCUUCAAAAGCUUGAAAGUCACGAGGCUGGUAUGAUCUUAAUUCAUGAGAUGAUUAAUCUUCAUCUUGGCCAUGGCAUGGAUCUAUUCUGGCGAGAGACUUCUAUAUGUCCCAGUGAGACUGACUAUCUUGAGAUGGUCAACAACAAAACAGGCGGGCUUUAUAGGAUCAUGAUCCGAUUAAUGCAACUGGAAAGUACUUGCCCAAGGGACUAUGUUGACCUAGCCGAAAUCCUUGGGAAAUUGCUACAAAUCAGAGAUGAUUACAAAAACCUGCAAAGCGAUUUCUACUCCCAGAAGAAGGGUAUCUAUAAGGAUAUCACAGAGGGCAAAUUCUCAUUUCUCGUUAUCCACCAUAUGCACACAGAUCCAGACAGUGAAAUUGUUCGCAGAAUCAUGAAGCAAAAAACAGAUAAUGAGCGGAUAAAGGAUGUGGUUCUUUCGUGUUUGAGCUCUACUGGAAGCUUCGAAUAUACCGAAAGGACGAUAAAGGAUCUUGCGCGGCACGCAGAAUUACUUAUCAUGGAACUGGAUGAUGAAAGGAAAAAGGCGGAUGCUAUUUUAGACUUGCUAAAGAUGCUUCAAAUUUAA